AUCCUGCCCCGGACGCCACGCAUGCAGCCAAGAUGAAGUUUGGUUCAAUUUAUGAGGAGUACCUAAGGGUGGAGCAGGACAAGUAUCUAGCGAAGUGCUCCCAUGUAGAGUACAAACGCCUCAAGAAAGUAUUAAAGCGAUGUCGAGUUGACCGCUCACUGCAAGAAGAUGUUACCAAUGGUGACCAGCUACUUGACGGGAGUGACGCAUCUUCAGACAUUUGCGAAUGCAAUUCGUGCACAUUGUGUGAUCAAAUGUUCUUUACAGAACUCAACAAGGAGGCUUCAGACAUAGCUGGCUGUUUCAGCUCUAGAGUACAGCGUCUUCUACAUCUUCAUGUUCCUUCAGGGCUACAAAGGUAUAUAUGGCGUGUACGGCAGUGCUUCAUAGAUGAUCAACAAGUCAUGGUUCAAGAAGGCCGAAUGCUAAUAAAUUAUGUGACCAUGAAUGCUAUUGCUAUCCGCAAAAUUCUCAAGAAAUAUGACAAGAUACAUGGUUCUGUGAGUGGUAGAGAUUUCAAGAGCAAGAUGCAAACUGAGCAUAUUGAACUGUUGCAGUCACCUUGGCUUAUUGAGCUGGGUGCCUUCCAUCUGAACUGUGAUAGUUUGGAUGUUGAUGAACCUGUAGGGUUCUUCAAGAAUGGAUUCUUCAAGAAUUUUUCCUGUGACUUGGCAGGAACACAACCAGUAAUGACUAUGGCCAUCUCUGAAACCAUUAAGUAUGAGUACAACCUAACUUGUCCAAUUUGCUUGGACACAUUGUUCAACCCGUAUGCACUCAGCUGCGGUCACCUCUUCUGCAAAGGCUGUGCAUGUGGUGCUGCAUCUGUGUACAUCUUCCAGGGCGUUAAGACUGCACCUCCGGAGGCCAAGUGUCCUGUAUGCCGAGCGGUUGGUGUCUUUGCCCAUGCCGUGCAUAUGAACGAACUUGACCUGCUCAUCAAAACAAGGUGUAAGGAUUACUGGAGGUGCAGAAUGCGUGAAGAGCGGACGGAGAUGGUGAAGCAGUCCAAAGAAUACUGGGAGUCACAAGCGAUGUUGUCGAUGGGUAUCUGAAUAUUGGGCAUGCAACCGCAGCCAGUUCAUUUGCUCAAAUUGGUGAUUGCCAAUAAAUUAUCCAGCCGCUGAAUAUGAGGCGUGAAGAGUCCUCUAAGAAAAUUGGAAAUUUGAUUCAUUGACUGCUACUCAGCACCACCGACCCAAAGGUGGCAGUUAUUAACAUAACUGAGGGGAGAUGGCGAUGAAGCAAUCCUUGUCAACCUCCUCAGAUCUGGAUAGAAACAGGAUCGACCAAUUCCUUUGUUCGCUUCCGUUGUACUUGUUUGGAAUGAUGUACUUCCAGUGUAGCUUAUUUUUCUCAUCUGUCUACUAUUGUGCUAUUUUUCUUUGUAGAGAUAAGUUCUUUUAGUGAACAAAUGGAAUCCUGUGCAACUUCACAUUCGAGCAUCUUGCUACUUGCUUCAGUAUUGAUUGUUUGAU